AUGAAGCUGCAGCUCCUGUGUGUCUUUGUCGGCAUCGUCUCCACCGCAGCCGUUCGCAAGGGAGAAGAUCUGCGUUCAGAGCAGGGCCACCUCCAAAAGAUCCAUCAGCACGCGAACCAGACCGCGGAGGUUUCGAGGCCUUACAUCGUGGUGAGCCCCGAAGUCCCUACAAAGGAAGUGUGCUGCUGCUGCAAGCGUGAGAAGUCUGGGGGCUGUCGGCUCCACGGUGCGAUCGCCGACGCCGUCAGGGACGCAUCAGGGAGCUGCGGUGUAGAGCUCGCAGGACCCAAACAUCUCUGCUGGAAGCCAAAGGGUGUGGAGGUGGUGAACAACUACGGCACAAAGAACCGGUUCGACUGUGCAAUUUAG